AUGUAUCAUGUACAAAAGUUAGUUCGUUGGAGAGGAGAAAGUGUUGCUGAGUCGUGGCCUUACAAGUAUUACAGGUUUGUAUCUAAUAAGAAGUCUGCUGUUAUUGAUGGUGAAGUGAUCUGUGUAAACGACUGUGUCCUUGUCAAUUCCAACCUCCCAGGUACUCCAUUUCUAGUAGCAAAGAUACGGUACAUGUGGGAGGAUGAAAAGCGAGUUAAAUGGUUCCAUGCAACAUGGUAUUGCCGAGGAAUGGACACAGUUGUUGGAAGAGCUGCUGACCCUCUCGAACUUUUUGUAGUCGAUGAAUGUGAAAACACAAGAAUUUCACUAAUUAAGUCGAAAGUUGUUGUACAUUAUAGAUCAGUUCCCAAGAACUGGAGAGAAAUAGGUGGUAUCUCAUCAAGUGAUGGCUCUCCAUUCAUUGAUAAUGGGAGAACAUUCUACUGCCAGAAACGGUAUGACAGAGAAAAUACACGCUUUGAAGACUAUUUGGAAGAGAAGCUUACUGGAGAUACUGACUUCAGGCACUGUAACACCUGUAAGCGAGUGGAGCAGAGAAAGGUGUUCACAACUCCAGUGGUUGAUGAAGAGAUUCCCUCCAGUUCAAAGAAUCAGGUAAAUGAAGAUAUUUACACAGAGUUUUAUCGAAAGAUGGAAGAUGGCAUUAAGGGUUCCAAUGAAGACACACCUGAGCCAUUCUGUAUUGGCCUUAUUACGUGCAUAUUUGUAGAAAAUAGUGAGAACUGUGCAAAGGAUAUUAAAUUAAGAGUAAAAAUGUUUUACAGGCCAGAAAAUGUAAUGAAUGAAAUAGAAGAUGUCUUAAAAGCAGAUCUUAACAAGUUGUAUUGGAGUGACGAUGAGUGUAUAGUGCCUUUUGAAAAUGUUGUUGGAAAAUGCUGUGUGGUGUACAGUAACAAUGUGACUGUACCAGUAAUGAAGUGGUCACGUGAAGGACCAGACAGAUUUUACUUCACAGAAACUUUUAAUUCAUCGACAAAGACAUUCAGUAGGCCUACACCUCGAGGAGAAGCAUCCCUUCUUGGAAAGCGAAUCAAGGACAGCCAGGGUAGGAUGGAUGUAAGUGAGGUGAAAUACUGGCCAGAUGUUAACAGGAAGUUGAGAACAUUGGAUAUUUUUGCUGGUUGUGGAGGUCUUUCAUAUGGUCUUCAGCAGUCAGGUGUUGCUGAAAUAUGCUGGGCAAUAGAAAAAGAUAUGGCUGCUGCAGAAGCCUUCAGCCGUAAUCAUCCACACUGCACUGUUUUAAUGGAUGACUGCAAUUUGUUGCUCCAGCUUGUAAUGAAUGGAGGCAUAGAAAAUAGUAAACGUCAGCAGCUCCCACAAAAAGGAGAAGUUGACCUGAUAUGUGGAGGACCACCAUGCCAAGGUUUCAGUGGAAUGAAUAGGUUUAGCGAAAAGCUAUACUCACGUUUCCAGAAUUCUCUGGUUGCAUCUUUCCUGUCAUACUGUGAUUAUUACCGGCCAAGAUUUGUUAUCAUGGAGAAUGUUCGCAAUUUUGUAGCAUUUAAGCAGAGUGUGGUUUUAAAUUUGACUCUUAGAGCCUUGCUGGAGAUUGGUUACCAGUGUACAUUCACAGUACUUCAGGCAGGGAAUUUUGGUGUGCCACAGAGCAGAAAGAGGGUAAUACUCCUUGCCGCAGCCCCUGGAGAGCUCCUGCCUAGCUUUCCAGAACCGACACAUGCAUUUAGUCAAAGUUUGUGUCAGCUGAACGCUGCAGUAAAUGGACAGACAUACUACUCAAAUUGUAAUCGGAUGUAUUCAGCCCCAAUGCGCACUGUAACAGUGCGUGAUGCUCUUUCUGAUCUUCCAGAAAUUCCAAACGGGCAUGAUAAAUGUGAAAUUCAUUACAAGAAAAGACCACUGACACAUUUCCAGCGUUUGGUCCGUGGCAAUGAGAAACAGAAGGUGCAAUUUUGUCAUAUGAUGAUGUUGCGAGAUCACAUCUGCAAGAAGUUGAACCCUCUAAAUGAAGCACGUGUUGCAAAUAUCCCUAAAAAUGCAGGAGCUGACUGGAGGGAUUUGCCGAAUAUUUCCAUGCGGCUUUGUGAUGGCUCUUACCUGAAGGAACUCAUGUAUACCAACUAUGACCCAAAAAGUGGACAGAUGCGUGGUGUUUGUCCUUGUGCUGAAGGCAAGGAAUGUGAUCCUGCAUACAAGCAGAAUAACACACUCAUCCCUUGGUCUUAUGUUCACACUGCCUAUGACCACAACAACUGGCGAGGGAGGUUUGGCCGUGUAAACUGGAAUGGUUUCUUCAGCACAAUAACAACAAAUCCAGAUCCAUCAGGAAUACAGGGUCGAGUUCUUCAUCCAAAACAGUCAAGAAUAAUGAGUGUUAGAGAAUUUGCAAGAGUGCAGGGCUUCCCUGACAAUUUUAUUUUCUGUGGAUCAAUGGCAGAUAAGUACCGUCAGGUUGGAAAUGCUGUCCCACCACCACUGAGUGCUGCUGUUGGCCAUGAAAUAGCAAAAUGCUUGGUAAUUCACACAGCAAGACAGUGCAGUGAAUGAACAAGAAU